GAGAGAGAGAGAGAGAAAACCCAGUCUAAUUGGAACCAGUAUUAUCAGACACAAAAGCGUCAAACCCCAGUCGUCCCCAAACCAUGGAAGAGAAGAAAAACCCUAAGAAGGCCAAUCUCAGAGACCACCACUCCAUCAAGCACGUCCUCGACGAGUCCGUCACUGAGAUCGUGACGAGCCGUGGAUAUGUGGAAGACGUGAGGAUGAGCAAUCUGAGGCUGGUUAUGGGGACCAUUAUCAUCGUGGUUGCUCUCUUCGCUCAGUUUUACAAGAAGAAGUUUCCGGAGAAUCGAGAUUUUCUGCUCAUCUGCAUCGCCUUGUAUGUGGUGUUGAAUGGGAUGUUGCAGCUUAUUAUAUACAUCAAGGAGAAGAACGCCAUCCUCUUCACUUAUCCUCCAAAGGAUUCCUUCACAAGCACUGGAUUGGCGGUCUCUUCCAAACUUCCAAGAUUCUCUGAUCUGUACACCCUUGAGAUAGCGAGUGCAGACCCCAAAUCUAUUUCCGCAAAUCAACCAGUACAGUUUACGAAAAGUGUUACCAAGUGGUUCACCAAGGAUGGAAUUUUGGUAGAGGGCCUCUUCUGGAAAGACAUUGAAGCACUUAUCGAUGAAUACGAGAAAGAACCAAAGAAGAGCAAGUGAGAGGAAACAGGAAUAGGUCGACUUAUACAGUCACUUCGUUAAUAGAUGUUGUUCACUGAUGAUGUGGCCUUUUGCACCGGUAAUUUUAGAGCAUCGCUGUAUGAGUCUGAAAAUUUUGAACAGUUACUAUAUGUCUUUCCCAGCUUAUCAAUUCGAGUAUGAAAUGCUUUAGAACGUUUAGAAGUUUAGCUUCUGUUAUACAUUUCCUCCUGUAGAUCUCUCUUCGUGCAAAAGGUAAACCUUCAUUCGUUUUCUUUCUUGUGAAACUCUUUUGUUUAAUUGCAUCGGAAUGUUCCUGCCU